ACGCAGUCCCCCGGAAACACUCCCUCUACGGCUCUACCCACGUUCUAAACAGUAAACUCCCCCGCUCUGUUUCUCUUCUAUUUUCUCGGAAAACAUCCCAAACAGCCAAACAGGAGAGCUCUCUCUGUUUGGAGAGUGAAAAGGAGCAGUAAUGGAGGGAGGCAUCCCCGUGACUGAUACAUCAGCUUUCAGAGACUGCUUCUCUCUGGCAUGGAAAAAUCCUUAUGUUCUUCGCCUCGCUUUCUCCGCUGGGAUUGGUGGCCUUCUCUUUGGCUACGACACAGGAGUGAUAUCAGGGGCUCUUCUUUAUAUCAGAGAUGACUUCAAGGAUGUUGAUAGAGAGACUUACUUACAGGAGAUGAUAGUGAGCAUGGCAGUUGCAGGAGCAAUAGUUGGAGCUGCUAUUGGUGGAUGGUUGAACGACCGCUUUGGAAGGAGAAGCACAAUCUUAAUAGCAGACUUCCUCUUCUUUGUAGGAGCUGUGAUCAUGGCUGCUGCCAACAGCUCACCUGUUCUCAUUGUUGGACGUAUUUUUGUGGGAUUUGGGGUUGGAAUGGCAUCAAUGACUUCCCCUCUGUACAUUUCUGAAGCUUCCCCUGCAAAAAUCCGCGGUGCCCUUGUUAGUACCAAUGGAUUUCUUAUAACUGGAGGCCAGUUCCUUUCCUACCUUAUCAACUUGGCCUUCACCAAGGCACCUGGGACGUGGCGGUGGAUGCUUGGAGUUGCAGGACUUCCUGCUCUGAUUCAAUUUGUGUUAAUGCUGCUUCUUCCAGAGUCGCCCCGUUGGCUAUACCGCAAGGGACGGGAAGAAGAAGCAAAAACCAUACUAAGGAAAAUAUACUCAGAAAAUGAGGUAGAAGAAGAGAUCCAUGCUCUAAAGGAAUCGGUCGAUGCUGAGAUCGAGGCAACAGGGUCUUCUGGCAAGAUUUCCUAUGCUGAACUCUGGAAAACCAAAACAGUAAGAAGAGGACUAAUUGCUGGAGUUGGCCUUCAGGUGUUCCAGCAGUUUGUGGGCAUUAACACAGUUAUGUACUACAGCCCCACCAUAGUUCAAUUGGCUGGAAUUGCAUCUAAUGAAACUGCACUCCUUCUCUCACUCAUUACUUCUGGCCUCAACGCUUUCGGCUCCAUCAUCAGCAUCUAUUUUAUUGAUAGGACUGGGAGGAAGAAACUUCUAAUUAUCAGUUUAUGUGGCGUUAUACUUUCACUUGGGCUUUUAUCAGGGAUAUUUCAUGAUACUUCGACUCAUUCACCAUUGGUUGCGCCAACAGUAACAUCUCAGUUCAAAAACUACACCUGCCCGGAUUACAGUUCGGCUGUAAAUGCCAAUCGUUGGAGCUGUAUGAAGUGUUUGAAGGCUUCAUCUCCAUCAUGUGGGUUCUGUGCCUCGAGUACUAAUAAGCUAUGGCCAGGGGAGUGUUUGAUCUCAAUUGACACUGUGAAGGAUAUGUGCCAUGGACAAGACAGGCUAUGGUACACCAGAGGCUGUCCAAGCAAAACUGGAUGGCUUGCACUUGUUGGCUUGGGACUUUACAUCAUAUUCUUCUCUCCUGGAAUGGGAACCGUCCCAUGGAUUGUCAACUCUGAGAUCUAUCCUUUAAGGUAUCGAGGCAUCUGUGGAGGAAUUGCUGCCACUGCAAACUGGGUCUCAAACCUCAUUGUUGCACAGUCCUUCCUGACUUUAACGACUGCAAUUGGGACUUCCUGGACAUUCCUACUAUUCGGGGUCGUUUCUGUUGUGGCCCUGUUCUUCGUCUUGAUAUGCGUCCCUGAAACGAAGGGGCUCCCGAUCGAGGAGGUGGAGAAGAUGCUGGAACUGAGAGCUUUGCACUUCAGGUUCUGGGAGAAAAGCCCUCAGACAGUUGAAAAUAAGUAGGAAGUUCUAUAUGUUGAGAUUUGAAUAGGGAGUCCUGGAUAUUGCAUAACUGAGUUUCUAAUAAUACAUUCAAGGUCUAUAUAUAUUGAGAUCAGCGUGUAUGAUUGCAUUACCUUGUCCAAACAGACCUUGAAAAACUGGGGUUUGAGGGAAGAAGGAAAUCUAUAAAUUUACAUGUGUAUUGACUUAAAAGAGUUAGAAUGGUUGAAAUCUCUUUUUACUA